AUGUCAGACUAUCCGCCUGAGCAACUGGAGUUCAUGGGAGGAUGGGACGCCUUGGUUGUGGUGUAUAUUCCCGCGUUGGCCUCUCUCGCAGUCGCAGCUGUCGAGCUUUUCAUGUGCUUCUACGGCCUUGCGCUUCACCUUGAAAUUCCAAAGCAAGAGAGGACGGGGCGCGGGCGAUACGUCGUCGCGAGCUUUGUCCUCACGGGAUUGGCGUGGACCACCGCGAUCGCACAGCUGAUAUCCGCGUACUUCAUCCUGUUGGACAUCUCCCCCCCUCCUAUGGGUGGUAUCAGCCAAGUGAUUGAGAAACAGUUGUCCACAGGAAUGGCGCUCCUACGAACACUCCCUUUUGUUAUGCAAAGGUGGAUUGGGGAUAUCUUGCUUGUUUUCCGAUGUUAUAUGAUUUGGCACGGUAGAGCCCCGCUGGCGGUUAUACCCAUGUUCACUUUCUUGGUGUCUUUCGGACUCAGCAUCGCAGCGUCCCUGCCCAUUGCCAAGUGGGAACCAACCCGGGAUACCAUCCUCAUCUCGAUCGACGCCUUCGUGUACACCGCACUACAUAUUUCCGUCACCACACUGAUCACCAUACGCCUGUUACGCGCUCGGCGUAACCUGGUGGAGAUACUUGGCGGAAGAGACGACAAGUUGUACACACAUGUGAUCGCGAUGCUGGUAGAGUCGGCGGCUGCGAUUGUUGUAUUCGCUAUCCCGCGCUCCAUCAUAGGUCUUGCAAGGCUCUCUGGGACUUGGGGUGCCAGUGAGAAAGCUGGGAGUAUCGUGGAUAUCGGGUACUAUGCCGUCGUUGUGAGUAUCUCCAGCAGUCCAUUUCCCCACGCUCCCCCGACGUGGUCUUGA